AUGCAAGAAUCGUCGUCUGCUGCCGUUGUGGAGGAUAGUACUAUGGAAUUGGCUUCUCCUUCCUCUUUGAAAUAUAAAUCAUCAUCAUUGAUUAUUCAUCAAGAUACAAACCUUACACAUCCAAUUUAUAAUAUAUUAUCAUUUCUUGAUUUUGAUGAGUUGAUCCAUACUGUUGCACUUGUUUCAAAGGCAACACAUUAUGCUGUGCAUCACUCUGUUGAACAUUUAACAUUGGACAGUGAAAAUACAAAUUUUGGUGAUGUUGAACAUUUAAGUGAGGAAGAACAACAAAACCACAACAUGACAAACAUGAUUGAUAUUGUGAAUAGAUUCCCAUCACUGAAGGUUCUCUCCCUGGACGGACUCGACUUUUUCACUGAUGUUUGCCUUUCCAAACUUGUAGAAAAUUUACCACCACACCUUUCAGAGAUUCAUAUUCGUGAAUGUCCUCUCGAUUCACCAAUUAUACUGGAUAAGAAGAGUAUGAACUCUGAGUCCUUCUCACAAUCAUCAGAUACCGAAUAUAUUCCUUCUAUUCAACAGCUUAAAGUGCUUCGAUUCAGUGCUAUCAAAUUUACAUCUUUUGAAGUUGGAUAUUUAAAGAAUUUACUCUCUCUCGAAUUUUACGAUUCUUCCUUUGAAAAGUGCUUGAAGAUUAUACAAUGCUCCAAGUUGGAUAGACUCAUCUGCUUUAAAUGUACAGGUCUUGGUGAUACUCUUCUCUUGGCAACAUUGAAAUCUUUAUUAUAUGAAGAAGUUGCACACUUGCAAUCCGUUUCGAAUACAAAUUCACAAACAGAGGAAAAUGAUUUGGAGGGAAAACCUGCUGAUAAUGAUGAUGACUCUAUUUUUGAUACUGCCAGAAAUGUAAAGAAUAGAAAGUAUGGUUCUCUUAAAAAACUUUACUUGACCGAAUGUGAACCUCUGACAAAUCCUGUCAUUCAAAGUAACACCAUUGAAGAAAUCAAAAUUAUUGACUGUAAAUAUUUGAGCAAGCCAUUUAUUUCUUGCCCAGCCCUAAAUAGGCUCCAACUUAAUUGGUGUGAAAAUUUGAAGAGUUUGAAUUUAGCUUGUGAUAAUUUGCAAUUUAUUGAUUUGACAGGUGCUGGAGUUACAUACAGUAAUAGUCAAUCUAAUAGUCAGGGAUCAGCAACAAGUAAGAAGGAAAAUACCAUUCUUCACAAUGUGAUUGGAGGUCUUCGUAAACAUUAUGGUGAACAAUUAAAGAUAGCUCUGUAA